AUGUACGACGAUGAGCCGGCAACGCACCCUACGAGCUCCGGUAUCUUUACCCCCUCAGGCCAAGAGAGCGUCAUCCAGCCUUCAGACUCCGUGGAAGACGCGCUGGAGAAGUUCCUGUCGCCGUAUUUCUCGUCCAACGAGGCUGCCAAGAUCCAACAACAGCUCGAGAAGGCACAGCGAGAUUUCCUGUCGAGUCUGUGUCUGGAGGACGUGAACGACCUCUGUGCACAAUUUGUCACGACUAAAUAG